CCGGCGCGCAGGGCGAUGCAGCUGCCGCCCUCCCUGCACGCCCGCCUGGCGGGAGCCCCUGGGGCGGCCGCGCCGCUGCCCGUGCAGCGGGACCCCCUGGCCGGGAACGCGCCCUUCCGCUUCGCGGCGCGCCAGGUGCGCUUCCCGCGGGAGCACGAAUUCUUCGAGGACGGGGACGUGCAGAGGCACCUCUACCUCCAGGAUGUGAUUACGCAGGUGGCUGCGGAGCCGGAGAGGCCCAGGGUGCCCGAGUUCACCUGUCAGGUGGCUGGCUGCUGCCAGGUGUUUGACGCCCUGGAGGACUAUGAGCACCACUACCACACCCUGCACGGAAACGUCUGCUCCUCCUGUAAGCGGGCCUUCCCCUCUGGGCACCUGCUGGACACCCACAUCCUGGAGUGGCACGACUCACUGUUUCAGAUCCUGGCCGAGCGGCAGGACAUGUACCAGUGCCUGGUGGAGGGCUGCGCGGAGAAGUUCAGGACCGGCAGAGACCGGAAGGAGCACCUGGUGACGCACCACCUCUACCCCGCAGACUUCCGCUUUGACAAGCCCAGGAAGGGCGGAGGCCCAGCCUCGAAGGUGUCGACAGAAGCCCCUGGGGAGGACCAGGCACCCCCUGAAGGAGAUGCCAUGGAAGUCUGCUCUGAACACGCAGAGGCCCACCCAGAACCUCCAAGAGAGAGGCGGGUCUACGGCCACAGGAUACCGUCAACCAUCUGUUUCGGGCAGGGUGCCUCUCGAGGAUUUAAAAGCACCAAGAAGAAAAGCAAGCACCUGUGACCGUGGAGCCUGCCCGCUGCCCUGCUCGUCCCAGGCCGUGAAUAGCCAGCUGACCGAGGUCGUGGGGGAUGCGUGGGAUCUGGAAAGGGAUCCCUUGUGGGUGACUGGGGUGCGGGGAGCAGCCACGACCGCUCACAACGCCCUUUGGAGACACAUGGGGUAAACGGUUUUCCUUAAGUGCUGUAAAUAGUUUGAGAUGUGUGGAGUAAAGGGUCUUCGUUUA